UCCUUAUCUCUGCGUGAUGAAUAGAUUGAUUAAAGCUCAUCAUUUUUUACAUGACAAGUUGAUCAGUGAAAACAAUAGGUCACAAUCGUGAUUCAUCAGUGCUUAAACAUUUACAUGUUGUAUUUUACUUGCACUGUUGUUUCGUAUAUACUAAAGGUAAAGCCAAUAUUGAGCCCCUCCCUCUCUCAGGACAGGUAUAUGUGCUCAUGCGAUCUUGACACAGGCAAAGUGCUGUUGAUGACUUUAAUCGAAGUUGGGAAACUACACAGGAAUACCUAGCUGGGGCACAAGAAACUGGAAAGGUUUUCAAUUGCUCAAUUGAAGUCAAGAUGGGAAACGAACUGUCUACUGAAAUAAAUCAUGUGCAGGCAAACUUCGCUGAUAUUAAAAUCCAAAAUGGAGAACUGAAUGGACAUGCAGUUCAAUCUUCAGAAGAGUCCGAGCCUGUGGCUUGCAAAGACGUACAGCAGCAAAAGUGUGAAAUCCCACCAGCGAAGGACACAAAUAAGCCGAAACCAUCAGCAGGUAAAGAGGAGGUCGACAAAGCCAAGGAACCUGCUAAAAUCGAAGCCUCUACUGAGACAGAAACUACAACCACAACUGAGGAAGAACCUCCAAAAGAAGUCCAGAAGCAAAGUGAAAAUGAUCGGAAAAACAUAUUUGGUAAAAUGUUUAAAAAGAAGGCAGAACCGGUGAAACCUGCAGAUUCUGUUGAUGGAGAGGUUACAUUAGAUUCAGUAAGAGAGGAGGUCGACAAAGCCAAGGAACCUGCUAAAAUCGAAGCAUCUACUGAGACAGAAACUACAACCACAACUGAGGAAGAACCUCCAAAAGAAGUCCAGAAGCAAAUCGAAAAUGAACGGAAAAACCCCUUUGGUAAAAUGUUUAAAAAGAAGGCAGAACCGGUGAAACCUGCAUCUGAAUGCAAAGAUUUGGUUGAUGGAGAGGUUACAUUAGAUUCAGUAAGACCAUCAGCAGGUAAAGAGGAGGUCGACAAAGCCAAGGAACCUGCUAAAAUCGAAGCAUCUUCUGUGGCCGAAACUACAACCACAACUGAGGAAGAACCUCCAAAAGAAGUCCAGAAGCAAAGUGAAAAUGAACGGAAAAACAUCUUUGGUAAAAUGUUUAAAAAGAAGGCUGAACCGGUGAAACCUGCAGAUUCUGUUGAUGGAGAGGUUACAUUAGAUUCAGAAGCAGUGGCCAUCGAGGCAAGCGCAGAGCCCGAGGGGAUCGCUGACGAACUCUUGAAAGAUCUUGGAGAAGUCGCAGAAGAAACGUCGCAAUCCGAGGAGCCGAAAGAAUCAGAAAAAAAAGUUAUGAACUUUUUCAAGUCUUUUGCCAGUUCGACUAAACCGAGCAAAGAAGCCAAAGCCACUUCUGAUGCUUCAAAAGACCAGUCACAGAAGGAGACGCCUCCAGCACCUUCGGCAAAUGUACAGGAAGCACCCAAAGCACCACCUCCGCCCCCUCCAGCGCCUCCUAAGAUGGAAGGCAAAGCAGAGCCCGCGGUGAAGAAAGAGGAAACGUCUGCAACAGCUGCAACCAAAGCAGCAGACGCUCCUGCCAAGACCAAAACUAAAGACGGUGCCUUCGGCAAACUCUUCCGUCCGAAGCCUGUUGCGGUGGAAGAAAUAAAGCCGAUUGAGAUUGUGGUUGAGGUCGAGACCCAGGUAGACGCAUCUAAAACCAGCACUCUCGAGGCGGCUGCCAAACCAGAAGAACCACCAGCGCCAAAACCGGAGGAAAAGAAACAGGAGGAAAAGAAACUGGAGAAAAAAAUGUCUUUUUGGAAAGUCAAACCUAAGGUACUGCUAGGUCAAGUGACCACUAGGAUCCAGGCGGCGACAUCCAGCGCUGCCGCGAGCAUCUCUCUCGGGUCUCCUAGAUCGGCCCCAGAGCCCAAGAAAGAGACACCAGCUGCACCUGUCCCAGAAUCUGCCCCCAUUGCGAAGGCCGUAGAGGAGCCAAAACCCGCCACCCUGGCAGUACCAGACAACAAAUCAGUGGACAGCACGGAUAACGCCUCGCCCAGCGCUCCUCGCAAGCUGGAGAAGAGGAACUCCGUCAAUAUCUUCUUCAAAAGCCUGGGCCAAAAACGUCAUUCUACUGAUGCUGGAGUGCAAACGGACCCCGUGGUACCCGAGAAGGCCAAAUAAACCCCCAGCCUUUCGGGUUGAUGAUCUUUACCCUAGAAUAGGAAUACAGACAAAUGUCCAGAAAGUUUUGCAGAUAUGCAGCCCAAUUCCAGUUUCAUUUCCAUUUCCAAUGUGGUUAUGAGGUUGACCCUAACUUGAUAUUAUGCCAUGAAACGAGUAUUUAGCGAGAGCAGACGUAAGUGUAAAAGUAUUCCUUGUUAAGCAAGCUACAUGUGGAGGGAAAACUUUUUUUUAACAAUAACUAGUCAGAGUUGCGUGAUGAGGCAUACGAAGGCAAAAUGAAAGUGAAAAUGUGAUUCUGCAUUCAGAGAAACUCAAUUUCCUUUAUCUUCUGUGCAAAUGUAGAAGUAUGCAAAAUAUGUCAACUAACACUAUUUAUCAGCACUAAUCACUCAUUCUACACCAGAUGCAUUAUGUUUGCUAUAGUAUGACAUUAAGAUGGUUUUUCCACUGAAACAAAGCAAACCUUAUGUGUCCUUAACAAACGACUUAAUCAUACAUUAUCUGAUUGUAAAAACAACACAUAGAAACCUAUUCAAUGCCCCAUUGUCUGCUUAAUUCAAUCAGUGCUCAUUGAAACCGACCAAUUCUCCUUAAAAUGACCUUGUCAGCUAAAGGUUGUAGUUUCAUAAAAAAUCAGAAUUAUUUAUUUAACCAGAUAUACACCUGAUCACUAUAUAUAUGACCAACGUGGUUAUUUAUGUCAGACCCAAAAGUCACAAAUGUUUUAUUUUUAUUUUCACUUUAUAGCUUAACAAAAUGUUGCACAUUAAUCAUAACUCACUAAACACGUAGCAGUUAUUCUGUUAUUUGCUUGGUCGUCCAUUUAUGUCCACAGGAGAAAUUAAGAAGUUUAUUUAAAUGUCUUUCGUGUUUUUUGUCCUGUUUUCUGCUAUUAGAACAUUAUAUAAUGCAAUAUACAAUUAUGCAAUACAAUAAUGCAAUGCACAUCUCUUCAAUGGUCAAAUGUUUUAUGCUUCCUCUUCUGAUUCUUGUCUACAUUUGUAAAGAGCAGACGGGCCUACUUCAAAAUUCAUUCUGUUUUCUCCUUUGUUGCAUUUUUGUCUAUUUAACCAAUUUAUAAAAAUAAACGAAUCAUUUCUC